AUGCGCGAGAUUAAGGACAAAUAUCUACGCAGAAAACUUGUUAACAUGGGUUACACAUUGACGGAGGCUAGAUUUAAUUACUAUCGCGGAGAAAUCAGAAGAACAACCAUUGAGGCUUCAAAUUGGAUAGACAACAUUCCUAGGGAGAAGUGGGCUAGAGCAUUUGACGGAGGGCAACGUUGGAGACAUAUGACAUCUAACUUGGCAGAGGUCAUAAACUCUGUACUAAAGGCAACCAGAAACCUUCCAAUCACUGCAUUGGUCCAGUCUACAUACUAUCGAAUGAGUUCACUCUUUGGUAAACGAGGACACAAAUGGACCAAAAUGCUAUCUUCAUGCAAAGUUUUCACAGAUGGUUGUAACAAGGGAAUGACUGAUGAGGUAGCCAAGGCUAACACACACAACGUCAUGCAAUUUGAUCGCGAAAGAUUAUGUUUCAUGGUGCAGGAAAAGAUUAAUUACAACGAUGGUCGUCCAACGGAUACUUUCAGCGUUGACUUGAGGAAUUGUUUAUGUGACUGUGGAAAAUUUCAAGCAUUUCGCUUGCCUUGCUCCCACGUGAUAGCGACAUGUGCUAGCAUACGACAGGACUACACAAUUCACAUUCCAAAGGUCUUCACAGUUCUUAACGUAUUCAAGGUCUACAAGAAAAGCUUUCUGAGACUACCACACGAGGAGAACUGA